UUACAUGGACGACAGGUGUACAGGGACGUAAUAAAUCGGUGUCACCUAGGAAAUAAUAUUGAUGCUUUAUAUACUUAAAGUAUUAUUGCAGGAUGAUCCAUAAUUUUGUUAUGAGUUGGAGGUAAAUGGACAACAUUUCCAUCAAAUGAUCAAAAAAUGACCACGACUCAAUAUUUAAUACACCCGUGUAACGGCUGUCAUGAACGCUAAAGAUUUGAGAACCGAUUCUGCUCUGGGUGGACAUAACAACGAUGGCAGCACAAAGUACGCCCAGAGCGGCAAUUCGCUACAAAAUAAUUGUAAGUCAUAUCAAGAUAUUGGUGCAAAUCCUUUGGCUAAAGUGGAUGUACAGACCUCGAGGCCGUGUGCGAUUAUCGGGCCUGACCGAAUAUUGCCGUCGCCAAACUGCAAUGAUGGUUUUGCGAAAAAAAUCAUAUCUGAGUCGUGGCCCAGCUCCGACAAUAUAUAUCGACAACCUCCAGACUAUCCGCAUAAAAUGUCUGAAUAUCAGCCACCAAGAAACAUAUCUCCUAGACAAACAUUCCAAGAAAACAUGCAAAGGAUAAUGGUGUCACCUUACAAUUCAGCCAAAAAAGUUGAUGAAUCAAACUUCCCCAUGGACAGAAAUGUUACUAUGCUAAAAAAUGUUAAAGUGAAUUUGCCUUCAGAGGCAAAGUAUUGUGAUGUGCCUUAUACGAUUGGUCCAGCUUGCAAUGAACAAAAGAGCCUCAGAGUUGCAGAAAUUCCUGUAACUAAUUUAAAUCCUGGAAUUGCGCGAAAUGGCCCUCAUGGAUGGCCAUCUAAUAAUAUCAGACCUCUGAGGCCUUAUGGUGCUCCUGAACUUUACCAGUAUUCUGAUUAUCCCAGUUGUGCUGGUCCAAGACCAAUGCCAAUGAUUAGACCUCACCGAACAGUUCAAGAAGACCCAAGCCGACUGUAUCCAGAACAGUAUUAUCAAGAUCCAAAUGUUCGAUUUAGACCAUACCCAUCAAAAGGGAGGUACCCACCUGGCAGGUAUGAUUAUAUUAGUAAUUAUCCAAAUUCAUUCCACACACCAUUCCCACCUCAUGCCUUUGAUCCACAAAAAUCAGCUCCCCCACAUUCUUAUCCUCUCUAUCCACAAGUUCCAAUUAAAUAUAUUGAUAGAAGGAUGGGGGAACCAAUAAUGGAUGGAUACCAAAGGCCUAGUCCCCAAGCAAAUUUAAAUGUUGCAUAUCGUAACCAAAUAAUUCACCCCUCUUAUGGGCCACUCCAACCAAAUUGUAUACAAAAUAAUGUGUUUCCUUAUCCUUCUGAUAGUUCCAAGUCAGUGAUGUCAAACAAAUUACCUUACACUAACAACAAUAAGUUAUAUCUUGAUUAUGAAGCAUCCCAGAUUAAAAAGAUUUCAGUUUCUGAUAGUGUAUACUCAAAUGAUGCAAAUCAUACAAACUCUUUGAAAGGCGAAGUUAUAUAUCCUAAUUAUACACCUGUUAAUAUGCAUGGAAUUUCUCAGCUACCACUUUAUCGAAAGGAAAAUGUUCCCAUGAAAAAUUUUGAUUAUGUACCUCACCUUAGAAAUUUGGACCCUUCAGUAAAUUUUCAUAACCCAUUAUUGAGACAUCCUAUACAUUUCUCUCCAACUGCUGUUGCAAUUUCUCCAUCUGAUUCAAAUACCAGCAAUGAUACAGCCCAGACACAUGUAACUCAAGAAGACUGUGGUUAUGUAAGUCAAUCAUCAACUACUAGUGGGAGGAGCUUAGACUCACAUAUCAAUGGUUUCCCAGGUGAUCAUCACAUAUACAAAUCACCUGAUUAUAGAUAUGGAUAUUUACCUAGAAAUGUCACAGCUCAGGUUCCUAAUAAUAGUAAAAGUUCCAAAGUAAAAAAAGACUUGAAUGUAAGACAAUUUCUUCAAAUGUGGAAUGAAGGAGAUGAUGAACCAAAUGAGCAGAAUAAGGAAGAUACACUUUCAAAAAGUAAUGAUGAGUUAAAGAACUUGCAGAGUCAUCAUGACACUGCAAAUAAACAAGAACAGCUUUAUGUUUUAGGUUUAGUAAAUGUACCAAGUGAAGAACUAGGUAAAUAUGACCAUAUACAAAAAAUAUCAAAAUUGCCUGAAAAUAUCAAAGGUUAUAAUAAUAUUGAGUUACUGAACCAAUUUGAAGAAGCUAUUGAAUCGACAAAUAUGAGACCUUUUAAUUUAAAACCACAAAAGGACUAUCAUGCCCCAUUGAAAAGUACCGUGACAAAACAACCAAUUAAUGCUAUACCGCGACCAGUAUCACCUUUAGAUGUUGAAGCGAAAAUAAGCCAGUCAGUUAUUCAUAAAGAAGUAGGAUGUAAUUUUGAAAUUAAGCCUUGCAGCCCAAAAAUGUUAAAUGUUGAAAUUGCUACUCCCAUUCAAAAUAUAUUAGAUGAAAGAAUAAUAGAAAAAAUAUCUAAUCCCAUUGCUUCAAAAUCAAAUGUGUUACACAAAACUGAUAAAACUAGCAUUGAUAGAAGUUUUCCAAAUGUACAAAAUUCAAAUUGUGAAAAUGCUUCAAAAGAUAUUAUUGCUAGUUGUUCUAUGGAUAAUUUACACUUCAGAAAUGAAAAUUCCUUAGAUCCUACCAAACAAAAUUAUAAUUUACAAUAUUUAGAAUACUCAAGUGUAUCUUUAGCAUCUUUACCUCGACUAGAUAAUGAUAUUGAAUUAAAUUUUCCCGAAAUUAAUCAACAGUUUAUAAAUUCCAAUAAUAUGGAACCUGUGAAUUCGCCUACACCUGUUAAAGACUUACCCAUACUGGAUUCUGAUCAGAAAGACAGGAGCGACACUAAUAAGAUUGAAAAAUCAAAUAAAUUAUCACAGUUUUCUCCCAAUUCAGAAACUGAAAAUAAUGUUCCAAAACUGAGUAAAUAUCGUAAAUUAAGGAAAACUGAUUUAGAAUCUAAAGAAAAACAAUUAAGUCCAAUAGCUAAUACACAAUUUAGGACGGACAGUGUUAUUAUCAAAAAUCCAGAUAUUAAUAAAAGUCAUGAAAAUGAUAGUAGCAUUAUUCGUGAUUGUAACGCCGAUAACGAGCACAUUACCAAAAAACAAGACUUGGUUCGAAAUGAUAGUAUUACGUCGCCUCAUACCCCACAAGACGAAACAAGUAUGAUAUGUCUAAAUAAAAGUAAUGUAGAUCAUGAACAAUGUAACAUUUUGCCAAAAAUAAAUAAUGAAGUGGAACAAUCUAGUUUUUCUCCAGAUAUUGCAAUUGACUUUAGCUUGAAUAAAAGUAAUAGUGAGUCAAUGGAGGAUUGUCCCCUUAAGGAGAAUACUAAUGUUAAUGAUUCGUUGCUUAAUUUAAUCAAUGAAGAGCUGAAUAUUUCAGAAGCAUUUGAUAAAUCCGAAUUGUCUACAAGCACUAGCUUCAACAUAUCAAACGAAACUGAAAGUUCCAAUAGUGACGAUAAAACAAAUUCACAGUUACUGAAUGAUCUUGGGCAAGAAGAAUUUUCUGAUAAAAUAUUACCUUCACAAUCUGAUGUCACAGAAACACAUGAUAAAAAAAGUCACAUUCUUCAGCCUCAAAAUGAGCUACUUUAUAAUUCAGAUGGAAUAAAUUUGAGUACAUCAACUGACGCUGUUGAUUCAAUUCUGGACUCUAAUUUAAAUAAAAAUGAUACUAAUUUAGCAGAACAUAAUAAUACGCAGGAUUCUAUAUCUAUCGAGGACUCUGAAAACAUUACUCAAUCUAUAAGUUGCCAACCUGAAGAAUUAGAUUGUAGUGAUAAAAAUAAACAUUCUGAUCAUUCAAAAGAAAAUUAUUUGACGAUAGAUAAUGACUUUGAAAGUAAUAUUUUUUAUCACGAUUCGUCUGAAAAACAACAGGAUGUACAAAUUGAUGACAGUAAUUUGAUGGUGCCAAUAAAUACAACAAUCGCAUCAGAAGUCGAUUGCAGUAAUAAUAGUGAAACAUUCAAGGUCGAGUUCAAAGUACCUUCACGCACAUCGGAGGAAGCUAAACUCGAAAGCGAUGUGAUGUCAUUGGAUAUACAAAGUGAUAGUAAGAAUGAGAACAAUAAAUGUAGUGAACAUCUUGACGGGUCCAUGCUGUCACCGAGUAAAAAUUUCUACUUUAAUAAACGGUUGUAUUCAAAUAUAAUUCAAAACCUUAUAAUACGUAAUGAGGAGGUAAUAUUAAAAGAAAAGAAAUCUAAUAGCAUUUCUAUAAAGGACGAUUAUUUAAACAGGCCGACACUACCCAUCUUUGAAAAAUUAGAAGAAGUUUCAGAAAAUUCCAUGUUGACAGAUUCUAAUAUCACUGAAGAUAUCUCAGUUCAUAAAAACGAUACGAAUGUUUUCUCUACUUCACCGACAUCAGACAGUACGGUUGUACAACGAUACAGAAGUAAUGAGGAUUUGAAAAGUCCUCGUAGUAGUAUAAUUGACACCAUGCCUGAAUGUGUAGAUAAUCCAUCAGAAAAGGAAAAAUUGAUUGGCUCAGAACUUGAUGAUAAUUCUAUGAAAGAUAAUGGGGUAGAAAAUUUUAAUACAGAUUAUUCAUCAAACAACAAAGACACCGAAACUCUAAACUUUGAAUCAACCGAGGAGUGUUGUAAUAAAAACGAAGAAAAGCAAUUGUCUAAUAAUAUUGAAGAAGAAAUAAUAAGUAAACCUGAAGUAAGCAUUGACCGUCGUUUGCGUCUAAAACGUUCUUUGUCAGAUUCUGCUAUAAAUAUGUAUACCAACGAUGACAUUAAACCAAUGAACUCUGAAAACAUUUAUACAAUUCCAAGAAAACGUAAAAAGAUUAAUCCUUGUGAAAUGAUGGAACCACAUUUAAUUGCCCAAAACUUAUGCGAUAUUAUUCAAACGAAUCGCCGUAAUUCCAUCUCGACUUUAUAUGACGAAGAAAAUGUGUCCUUUUGUAUUCUUAUUGAUAAUUCCUGUGUUAUAACAGAAGAUAUUGAAGAAGAACAAAAAAUUUGCUUGGCUGAAAUAUCCGAAGAUGCCUAUGAAAACGAAUUUAAAAACGACUGCACGUUUGCAACAGAGGGAGAGAUUAUAUUUACAAAUGAAAUAACUAAUAAUGAAACAUGUUCUGUGAAUGAAGAUAUUGAUACAAAUACCAAAAUCGAUACAGAAAGUGACUCGAUCGGUGAUGUGAAUGAUUUCGUCCAGGAAAAUCCCGUCGACCAAAACGCAGUAGGUAAAACUAUUGACGAAGAAUCCUGGAUUGAAGACGUUGCAUGUGUAGAGACCGUAUUUAGUGACAACAUUGCUGAAAAUGUAGUUCUCGAUGCACCGUAUUCGCCAAGUGACAGUAUAUUAGACUUUGAAACUGAAGAAAAAAACGAAUCUCUAAUUUACAAUGACACUGAGAAUAUGGAGAAAAUAAAAUGCAUUUAUGGCAACGAAAUGUGUACUGACGACGCAGAACUUGUAGAGACUUUGUACAGAACGCCGCAAAUGGACGUUACAAAAACUCUUAUUCGAAGAGAAUCUCAUUAUUCAGAUGAAAACAACCGAUAUUACGAUAACGAUUCAUUGGAAAAAGUUUUGUCGGAAUCAAACGAUAGGAGUGAAUAUGAGCCCGACAUAAAAUGUUAUGACAUUAAGAAUACCUCGCCCAAUACAUUGAAAGAACAACAUGAUAGAGACAGACUUAAUUCUAAAUCACCACUAGAAAAUGUUGUGAAUAAUAAGAGCAAUUUCAUUGAUUCAGACUAUGAGGAUAAUUUGGAUAAGGCCUUGGAAAACACCGUAUACCAACCAACUCAAUAUGAUAUAGUACAUUCAUGUGAAUCAACUUGCGACAGUUCGAUAACUUACCAUCAUAAAGAUGAAAGUCCGCGAUAUUCCAGUUCGCCCGAAGUGUCCUCCACCACGUCUGAAGAGAAAAGCUGCGGCAUUUUAUUAAAAAUAACAAAGUGCAAUGGAUCUAUAUCAUCGCAAAUUAACGAAUUUAAUACAAAAAGUACAAGUAAAACAAGUAGUAAAUUGUCUGAAAAUAACGAACUAGUAAAUUAUCCUAGAACACGACCACUUCUCACAAAAGCCGCACAAAAGUAUAUUCCCCCUUUGAAAGAAACAAUACGCCAUCUAAAGGUUAAACUUCCUUUGCCACAAAACAGCCUUAAUAAAUUAAAACUUUUAAAAAUAGCUAAAGAAAAACCAAAGUUAGACGAACGUCAUAUCAAAAAUAACGAUUUGCUUAAACAUCAUUAUCCAAAGAAGAAUAAGCCAAAGUUUGAAGAUGUUCUUAAGAGCAUUGAUGAAAUCCAAAUAAAAAUGCAUAAAGAAAAAAAUAAAAAACAUAAGCACUCUAUUCCUAAAGUAGUUAUUAAGAAAAAUGAAAACGGUGCUCAUUACGCGAGCACUUCGAGCGACAGGGAAUCAUACAAUCCAGACUUGACGGGGAGAAAAUGGCAACCAUGGGUGUUUAUAGAAAAGAACUAUUUUGUUGACAAAAUGGCAUUAAAUAACAAAGUAAAAGCUGUAUACAGUUACAGAAAAAACACUUAUGUGUUAGCUGAGAAAUUUCGCAAAUACAAAUCUGUAAAUAAUGCAAAGUUUAUUAUAACGCCACCAAAGUUGGAAGACAUAUCUUCUGGCAAAUUGAAAUAUACGAUACGUUUAAAUCAUAACUACUAAGGUAGUUUGCGUUGUACAUUGAACUAUUUCUUAUUAUAUUUUAUAAUUAUAGUUAAUCCAAUUAAUAUCCCACCACACAAAGAUGGUUUACCAAAACAUUCCUUAUAUAUUUAUUAUAUAUCUCAUAGUUACCCAAUUUAUUUAUCAACAUAAUAGAUGAUAGCA